GGUACUUGAAGUACCAUAAAACAAUAACUCUUGUUUUGUGCACCGAUCAAAUGUGUGUUUAUUAUUAUUAUUGUUGUUGAACGGAAUAGAUGUGCUCUCGUUUUACGUUUAUAUUCAGUUUUCGUGUGUUAAAGGAAGAGCUUUUAAAAUUCAUGUUCGUUUCUACGUGUGGUAUAAACACUUUUUUUUGGUGAAAUUAAAAUUUAAAUAAAAUCACACAAUUACUGUGCCGAACGACAAAAAACAACAAAUUAUUCUCGAAAUUAUUGAAUUGAGAUUGUGCAGUUUAUCGAGCCUAAUUUGAAUAAAAAUCAACGGUACAUUACAUGGCAAAUGUGGAUUAAUAUUGAGUGAUAUAGACCAAACAAAUAAAAAAAUUUGAAGAAGAAAGAAACGAAAGAUUUAGACGACGAACGUUUUUCUUUCUCUCGAUAAUUUAAUGGAAAUUGUGACAUUAUAAAACUUGGAAAAACAUACACCAGAAAAACCUUUAGAAUUUCAAGUGAUCUAUGUGCCGAGAGAAAAAAAACUAUAAUCAAAACCGAAUACAAUUCCGGUAGAACUUUACUCCGUAUGAAAUGACAAACAUUUCAAGUUGAUCAAUUAAAAAAUAAAAGAAUUUUCAUUCUUAACUUAAUUCCAUUGACAUUCAACGAGAUAUGCCAUUUUAAACGGUUUAGCUUAUUAAAUUGUUAGCGACCGACACCCGAAUUAAACGAGCAGUUAAAAUAUUUGCCAAUUAAUGUAAAACAUUAAGUGGCUAACUGAUAAAUGUAAAUCGGUCGGUUUUGGUUUUAUGACCGCACGGAAAAAAAUUGAAUUUAAUAUUCCAAUUCGAAAUUGAAUUAAGAAAUUUCGGACUCUAAUAAAAAUCCGUAUCCGAUAAACCUUGGAUUUAUGGAACGAAUGAACUUUUAAUAAAAAAAAAGUUUUUGAAACAAAAAAACAGAUUUUAAUAUCCAUACCGAUAAAACUGAACUGCUUUAUUAUAUUCGGCUGGUUGAUGAUGCGCUCCUGAAUAAUUUAAAUUCAAUAAAAGAGAAAAAAAAUAUAUUUUUUUUUAAUUCUUUUUAUCCAUUAAAUGUGAAAUUUCUGGUUAUUUCGAUCAGAUGAGUGCUUUAACGGGUUGUUACGGAUAAUAUUGUUGAUACAGAUAUAUAUGCAACAUUUAUAUGAAUUAUAUAUAAAGUGAAACAAGGUCACCACUUGUAAUUAAAACAUCUUGGAAAUUAUAUAUCUCGCAUCACAAACAAUUUUUCGUAUUAAAGGUUUUCUCUAUAUAUAACUUAAUGCAUAUGAUAAUGUUUGUUGUAUGUUUUGUUUUGUGGCCUGACCUUUUGAAUUAAAUAUAAAAAAAAUAAAAAUUGUUUCCAUAAUAUAUAGAUCUUCUGUGUGAUGUUAUAAAAGGCUAUUAUGAUAUGAUGUUUAAAUGUACAUGAAAAAAAUAAUAAUAAGAGAAUCGAGCAGUGUGUAUUUCAUUGUGCUCAAAUAUUAAUGGCAUUUUCUACACAUAUUAAUUGCAAACAUUUAUAUUAAAAUAUAAAAAAAACGCAGAAAAAAAAGUUGAAAGAUAAAACAUUGGACACUUUGCUGUUACAUUGUCGUUAUACAUACAGUAAAAUAACUUGUUGUGAUAUUCAUGACGUGUGAUUAAUCAGACAUUCUUUCGCUGGGAUAUAUCAAUACUGUCCGCAAACAUUUCUUUUUAUCACCAAUUUGAUAUCAUCCAAAGUGCGAACGUAAGAGGUGAAAAGUGAUUGCAUAUUUUACGGAAACAAAAGACACUCACAGCCAAAUACGUUUACCGUUAUCAAGGAUUUUACUUUCAAUGGAUUAAUACAACGCUGCUGAUUGAUAAUAUUUUUACGGGGACUUACAUUGCGAAUGAUCGCAGCUGAACAAGAUCUGACCACAUCCCCUCGCCUCAAUGAAAAAUCACACGAAUCGCUGAACAUGACCGCAUAAACUGGUGGCGUAUAGUACAAUUUCACACACCAAACAACAAUGCGAGAAAAAGACCAUUCACCAAGAAAAAUGCUUCCCAGUCCGAAACAAGGAUGCGUCUAUCCACUAUUGGGAACGAAUUUGUCGCACAUAUUACAGGGUCCAUACGAUCUGUCGACAACGAGCCGAUCGACGACCGCUAGCUUACUACAUCAACCAAAUAACGAUCAGCCGCUGGACUUGCGAGUGGACCGAAAGAAAGUUUUGCUCAUACAGCAUCGGUUAGAAGAUGAAAAUCAAAAUUUUAUUAUUAAAGAUGAGCCGCCGAGUCCGGGAGGUUUUAACAACAACAACAACAAUAAUAAUAACAAUAACAAUAAUAACAACAACAACAACAACAAUAACAAUGUUCCCAACAAUAAUAUCGAAACGAAAAAGAAAUUUAGUUACCUUACCUUCAAAGACGACAUUCGGAUACCGCAUUUGCCAACGUCGGGCCCAGUGAUGUUUCCCUCACCCGCUACCAUUCAUCCACUAAUGUUAGAAGCCAUGGCCAAAGCUGCAAGACUGCCAUUCUCCUAUCGUCCACCAUUCAUGCCACCACGACAUCCGACAAAUUUCGAUCUACUACGAAUUAAGCAAGAACAAUUCCCUGUGAUGCCUCAGCUACUGUCCGCCAACCAUUUGACCAACAACAGCAACGGUAGCAAUAACUUAAAUGGAAAUGUAAAUAACAAUAAUAGCAGCAUGAUCAACAAUAACAACAACAACAACAAUAACGAAACGACGCCGAAUGCGAAUACAACAAACGCUGCUGUGAACAAAAACAAAGACCGAUACUCGUGCAAAUUUUGUGGUAAAGUGUUCCCUAGAUCAGCGAAUCUGACGCGUCACUUACGGACGCACACCGGCGAGCAACCGUACAAAUGUAAAUACUGCGAACGUUCAUUUAGCAUAUCGAGCAAUUUACAGCGACAUGUGCGUAACAUACACAACAAAGAGCGACCAUUCAAAUGUGCCUUGUGCGAACGAUGCUUCGGACAGCAAACGAACCUAGAUCGUCAUUUGAAGAAGCACGAAGCUGACGCUGCAUCGCUCGGUCUUGGCAUCGACGAACGACUGCGCAAUGCCCGACGAAAUAAUCGCGGCAUACCGGAAGAAUCGUAUUUCGAAGAGAUACGAUCGUUUAUGGGUAAAGUGACCCAGUUACCAUUGACGUCAUUACGGUCAACCAACGAUGCGCUUUCGUCACGAAGCUCAUCACCGUCGGAGCCCGGUUCCGGACUACAUUCAUACCAAGAUGAUCAUUUAAGUCAGCACAGUGAUGACCAUGUCAAAGUUACCUGACCACACAUCCAUCUGUUUAUUAUUAUUCGUUUAAUUUUUAAUACGCUGCGAUCAUACUCCUAGAGAUUUUAUAUAGAAGAUCCGUAGGUUGUUUAAUAGUCUACGGUUCUGUUGAAGUGAACGACAAACAUAUUCCUAAUUUACAAUUUUAAGAAUUUUUUUUUAAAUUUAAAUUAUAUUUCUGAGUCUUCUCUCAAAAUUCUUUCAUCGAAAUCGAUUUUUCUGAACACAAAAAAUGUUUUGUUAAGUUGAGACUUUCGAAUCAAACUUUGUCGUGCAGACUCUUAGAAAUCGUUAGCGGUUAAUUGUGCAAUGGCAAAAUAAGAAAAAUGAAUUUUCACAGCUGCAACUGUAACUGCAACUGCGUCAACCUUAAGAAUGUAAACCAAAUUUUCAGUGAGUGAAGCAUGAAAUAGAAUUUUCCUUCCCGUUCAAAUAGACCGAGAGUCUGUGUGCUCAUCAGUGACUCAUAAGGCUGUGGUUUGAAACCUACAUAUAGCAAAUUAUAGUCUUACCUAGGGCUGGGAACUUUUGUUCUGCCAAUUGUCAUUCUUGAGCGGUAUACCGCGGUAGUGCCUUAACGAUGUUGAUGUUCCUUAAAUCGUAGAGCAGUGCAGAAAUGGCUCAAAAAAGCACUUCGGUCGUCGUACGAAAAAAAUUUGUAAAAGAAAAACCUUUCAACACCUUUCAUUCAUACAAAAGAUAGAAAGCUCUUCAGGGCGUUCCGGGUCUGAUGAGGAACCAAAUUAGUGUCAAAAUGAAGGUAUUGGGUUUUUUCCCAAAAUGUGCCAAGUUAUCAAAUUGUAAGGAACGACACCAAUUUAAUUUCACAAUGAAAUAGGCGAGGACUGGCCCCUAUGGGGAUUCGGACGAUAUCGUGCACUAUUUUAUAGUUGACAAAUUUACGAGGAAUGUUUUGUUGAAAAAAGAUUUUUGUUAAAACGUCUUAUCCAAAAUACGAUGCGAAACGGAUAAAACUAGACUCUUAUUUCCAGGACUCUUAACUCUUGCACACAGCAAGGUCCCGCAGGUGUGGAAACAUUGCACCUAACAUACAAUUAGGAUCUUGAACACAUCUUUUAGUAAUGUUCCGCAUAGAGAAACUGAAUAUUAUUGCACUAGAUGCCAAUUGUCAAUUUGUCAAUCCAGGGCACUAGUGCGAAAAUGCACUCUAAAUGUGAUAAUUUCCCCAUUACGAUAUCACAUAGAGGCAAGAAACAGUUCAAUUCCGGCACAGACUAUCCUAAAACAUAUUUCACUUAUAUUCUGUAAUAAUAUAGCUUUCAAACCGUAGCUGCAUGAGGGGUUGAUAGAUCUGUUACAGAGCAACUCGUAGAAAAUCAGUGAAAUCCAUUAAUCAAACUGAAAAUGUGAUAAUUCCAAGCAAACAAAAUGAAAUUCAUGAAAUUUUCUUCAUUUGACGAUCUAUCUAGUCGGACACUUGAAAGCUGUUUCACACUCGAUGUGUCUUUCGAAUACAUACAACGAACAAAAUAUAUCAAAAUGCACAUUUAAGCGUUCAAUGCGAAAUUACAAUCGAUUUUAUAAGCUCUCAUUUUUUUGGUAACUUUAGAUCUUCAAUUUUACUCUCUUUUUAUUUCAGUUUGAUGAUAUUCCGACUUAAAAAACCAUGACGAUAGAAAGUUAUAUACCAAAAUGUAUUCAAAAAGAAAAGAAAUAAAUUUUAUUUAACACAAAUUUGUACAUUAAAAUUCGUUUUGUUCAAUAAAUAAUUAAUAUAUUUGAUUUAAAAACAAACAAAAAUCACCGAUGGCCACAUAUUGGUGACGAUGUACAGACAA